GAUGUCCACUUACGGAUUCACACUGUAUGGUUCUAGUCCGGCGAGAGUCGGUCAAGUGGAACGAGGUGGCAGUGCCGACGCUGCGGGCUUAGAAGCGGGCGACUGCAUAGUUUCCGUAAACGGCCGCAAUGUUUCGAGGUCAUCAGCUACCAGCGUCGCUAUUCUUAUAAAGCAAGCUGGAGAUAAAUUGACAUUGGACAUCCGCCGUCGAACUAUGUCGAAAAGCGUCGAACAAGCUUCGGAAAGUGGAAUAGGCACGGACCAUUCUUCACAGGACAUUUCUAGUGAAGAGCAAACGGCCGCCGACCGACUUUUUGAUUGCAUAGCAAAAUUCGCAAACCAGAUGGUGAUUGGUAGGAAGCAGUUUGUGGAAAGUUUGAAAGAUGAAGCGUUUAUGGAUGAAAAGGAACAUUCUCAACUGUUUGUAAAUAUUGAGCAGGUGACGACUGUAAGCGAGAAAGUGUACAAUGAAAUGAAAACCAACAGUAUAGCAACCGUCCUUGCCGACAAUUGCUCUAAAAUGCGUUCAGUCUACGCACGCUACUGCAAAAAUGUUCGCCACGCAAUGACAAUUGCGAGCAAAUUAAAGAGACGUCGUUGUGUCUACAUGUUUCUUAAGAACAACGAUUGUGGCAUGUCAAUUUUCACUUUCCUUCAAUUACCAGUUCAACACGUCAGGGACCUUAUCUUGUAUUCUUUCGAAUUUUUAAAAACUUUAAAGAGUGAUGAGGAACGACAAACCUUAGUCGCAGCACUCAAAGAGUUACGGAAGAUUUGUGAAGAAGUCAGCCAGAGUCCAUCUGCUGAAACCCGUAGUCUAUCAUCAUCCUGCAGUAGUAUUGACAGCGAAGUUGCAAAAUUACAGAAUAGGUUGAGCGUUCCAAGCUGUAUUGGUGAGGACUUGGAUAUUGCUAAACCUGGUCAGUUUAUUGUGUAUACGGGCGACUUACUUCAAGUGGACGCACGUGGAUACGAACAACAGAGACAUGUCAUCCUCUUGAAUAAUAUGAUACUAGUGACGAUAGCCAGGAAUGACAGAAUCGUUGUUGUCUGCCCCCCAAUAAAGUUUCCCAAUAUUGGGAAGGUUAAUUUCUCAAGAUCGCAACCUGAAUUCACAAUUACCUACUCGGUACCGACAACAGAUGGAGCCAGUACAGAAUUAGUACAUUUCGUUGCGCCCUCUAUGGAAAAGUUGCACGCCUGGAGAAGCAUCUUGGAGCAUAGGUUGCAGCGCCAACUACCGGCUGUAAGCUGUAGCCUAGAAGAGUGCUGUGAAUCAGAUUGUUGCCUAUGUAGUGAUGAGGAAUGUUCCAGUUCAAUAAGCGGUGAAGAAUCUGUGUUUGUCAGCAGCUGGAUUUAA